AUGUUGCCAGCGAAUUCAGGCAGGGACGAGCAGUCUUCCUCAGCAGUACAGGCCGUGUCAGAAAAUGUCCCGGACGACUCUAUCUCCAAACAUGAGGUCGCUGCUGAAGAGCCAGUCGCACAUCCCAAUGAGAAACCCGAGACUGAGGACGACCAUGAGUAUCCCGGGCUAAUUCCCUUGACAGCAAUCAUGAUUGCACUGAAUCUAGCAAUAUUCCUGGUCGCUCUGGUAAGCACAUCCUCAUCUCUACCCUGUGUAAAGGCAAUCGAGCCUCACGCUCCAUCGCCUCUGGGAUCGAAGCAUUACCGCCACAGCCAUUCCACGCAUCACCGACGACUUCCACGCCUUGAACGACAUUGGAUGCUUAUCUAUGGCCGCUUCUUCACCUUCUAUUCGCCGAAGUGGGUGUUCCUUUCAGCCAUCGCCGUGUUCGAGAAUGGUUCUGUGGUGUGUGGGGCAGCACCAACUUCGACUGCUUUUAUUAUCGGCCGGGCAAUCGCAGGAUUGGGGCCCUGUGGUAUAUUCACCGGUUCGAUCGUCCUCAUCGUUGAUAUAGUGCCUCUACAACAGAGGCCGAUGAUAACGGGAUUCAUGGGGAGCAUCUUCGGUGUGUCCAAUGUGAUUGCACCCUUGAUGGGAGGAGCCUUUACGGAUCGAGUGACAUGGAGGUGGUGUUUCUAUAUUAAUUUGCCCAUCGGUGCCGUGACAGUUAUUAUUAUAAUAUUCCUUCUCAAGGCAUCUCCUCCGCCGCACCCUUCGACAGCUACGACUUUCCGAGAGCGAGUCAAUCAGUUUGACCCCCUCGGGAUAUUUUUAUUCCUGCCUGCUAUGGUGUGUCUGAUUCUUGCCCUCCAGUUAGGGGGAACAAAGUACUCCUGGAGCAGUGGCCGCAUCAUCGCACUCUUCUCCCUAUUCGGCGUCCUCACGACCGCAUUCAUAGCUGUGCAGGUGUGGGAACAGGAGACCGCCUCUGUUCCUCCGCGAAUCGUCAAAAUUCGCGGAGGGUCGAUGAUGUCUGGAGUUAUGAAUCUCCCCGUCGUCCUCUCACUCGUGAUUGCCGGUAUCUUGGCGGGAAUAGGGGUUUCACGUAUGGGUUACGCUGUGCCGUUCAUGUAUGCCAGCUCCGUCCUGAUGUCCAUCGGUGCAGGAAUGCUGACCACCUUGACCGUGUCUACUGGGCAUGCAAAAUGGAUCGGGUACCAAUCGUUGGGUGGUGCUAUCUUCCUGGCAGUAGCCCAGGCGGUAUUCACCUAUGGUCUUAUCUCAAAUUUCAAAGGGACAACACCAGAUUAUGAGAAUGGGAACUUCGCCCACAUUAUCUGGGGAGCGGGAGCAACUACUCUUCGUCAAAUUGUCCGCGGCCAAGACCUGCCGGCCGUGUUGAUAGCCUAUAAUAAGGCAGUACGAAACACGUUUAUUGUCGGGUUGGCUUUGUCCUGUGCUACUAUCAUUGGCGCUAUCUUUACUAAAUGGACGAGUGUCAAGCGACCACCACAGAAGUAG